UCCAAUAUAGAUCAUGUGAUUUGCUACCAUAAUCUCUAGUUUUUCAAUGCAGUAGCUUUAUUAAAAAAUCCAAACUUGCGGUUGAUCAUCAAAAACACUUCAGAUUUAAUUUACAGAUGCAGAAUUCGGGUGAUUUGGAGACUUGUUUCCAAAGGGAAAGCUGUGUUGGAUUGUUGAUCUUGUUCUGGAACGAGUGCUUUAAAAGGGAAAAUUUUAUGAGCUGUAUGAGCUAGAUGCUGAAAUUGGUCACAAGGAGCUCGAUUGGAAAAUGACACUAAGUGGCGUGGGAAAAUGUAGACAGGUUGGCAUAUCUGAAAGUGGGAUAGAUGAAGCUGUUCAGAAGCUCCUAGCGCGAGGGUACAAUGUAGGACGGAUGGAACAGUUGGAAACAUCUGAGCAAGCAAAAUCUAGAGGCUCUACUUCUGUUAUUCGCAGAAAACUAGUUCAUGUAUUCACUCCUUCUACCACAAGUGAGGGUAAUAUUGGGCCUGAUGCAGUUCAUCUUCUUGCAGUUAAGGAGACUUGCAAUGAGCUAGAGAAUGGUUCAACCACUUUUGGCUUUGCUUUUGUCGAUUGUGCUGCUCUGAAAGUUUGGGUUGGUUCCAUAAGCGAUGAUGCAUCUUGUGCAGCUUUGGGGGCUUUGCUGAUGCAAGUGUCACCGAAGGAAGUUAUAUACGAUGCUAGGGGUUUGUCAAAGGAUGCUCAAAAAGCUCUGAAAAAAUACUCAUUAACAGGUCCUGCAGCACCACUCAUGUCCCCAGUCCAGCCAGGUGCUGAUUUUGUUGAUCCUGCAGAAGUGAAAAAUUUCCUUGACUUGAAAGGUUACUUUAAAGGAUCUUGUAAUAGGUGGGAUCACACCUUUGAUGGAGUAACGAGCCAUGAUGUUGCGUUAUGUGCUCUUGGGAGUCUUGCCAAUCAUUUAGAGCGAUUGAUGUUAGAUGAGGUCUUACGUAAUGGCGAUAUUCUAUCAUACGAAGUCUAUAGGGGUUGCCUCAAAAUGGAUGGACAAACACUUGUCAAUCUUGAGAUCUUCAACAAUAAUGCCGAUGGGAGUCCAUCAUGCAAGUACAAUAUUUUUGUCAAAUCAAGCUUUGUACUCAUUCUAAGGGGCAAUUGUGGCAAUUAUAUUUUCUUCUAUUCUAACUGUGAGUGAUUAUUUAU